AUGGCGAACGUGUAUCAAAAUUCGUACCUUACGCUGGCAGCUACUUCGGCAAAGGAUGCAGAUGGCGGGAUGUAUACACAGCAUGACGGGCCGAGGGUUCAUCGUCCUAGUGCGCCAGUUGCUGUCGUUCAGUAUGAAGACGGGGUUCAGCGUGAGAUCUUCGCAAGGAGGAAGUUUGACCAUGACUUAGGGUCUCUUCCAUUGCUGAAACGUGGGUGGGUAUACCAGGAGCGGCUUUUGUCUCCUCGAGUGCUACAUUUUGCCGGCGAAGAACUCAUUUGGGAAUGUAACCAAGAAGUGGCUUGUGAGUGCGGUAGCGAUGAUUUGGAAAACGGCAUUGUGGACCGGGUACGCAUUCACGACGACGAAUACGUUGUUGUUGGACCGAACAGUGGACAUCCUACUCCACUGGAUCUGUGGUACAAGAUUGUCAGCGAUUUCACAUCUCUUUCUUUGACAAAGAUUAGCGAUGUAUUUCCAGCGCUUUCUGGCAUUGCCAAAGUGUUUGCUGAGAAGAUUGGCGAUGAAUAUGUUGCAGGGAUGUGGAAGGGAAGGAUUGUGUCAAACUUGCUUUGGUACUUCCAGGAGGUUCCUGAAGAUGACGAGAAUAUACAAGAAGAACAGACCGAGGAAGAGGAUGACAAGGCAGAAAAGACGGAAAUUCAAGUGCAACCUUGGAGAGCACCCUCAUGGUCUUGGGCUUCAGCCUCUUUCACUUCAAAAACGAGGUUCCUGCCUGUCACCAAGGAACUGGCAAACGUCAGAGAUAUCGUGUGCAAACCAUCUGGAGCGGAUCCUACCGGCGAGCUAGAAACUGCUCGUUUGACUCUCACAACAAAAGCUCUACCCGCCCAUCUAGACUCAGCUGGCAUGAUAUGCCUAGCUGAUGCUCUAGAACUCCAAGAAUUACCACGUUCAUAUUCGCAUCAUCAAUUCACUCUGGAAACUGGGUACUUAAAUCUCGACACCGCCGUUGCCAUCGACAUCUUGUUCGCGCAACUCACCACAUGUACCGGAGAACAGAAAGUGCAUCUACACAACGUCUACGCAGACAUCCACAUCACGCAGGAGGUACGAUCAUAUCUGCUCUUAGCAAGGCGUGCAGACGGCUGGGUACGCGUCGGAAUUGCAGCGAUCGCCGAGUAUGAACCAGACAAGACGGUCUUUGCUCGAGCCAAGCGUGAAUAUAGACAGGACAUGUUAAAACACAAGACUCGAGAGGAGGUAGUAGCGAUUGUAGAACAGCAAGCAGAGCGCAACCGUUCGGUAUUUCGGAUGUUCGAUGAAUCUGAGACGCAGGAUUUGGUCCAGAAGGCGCUGAACAGCGCCACACCGCCCCCACUAAGCUACCCCUCAGCGACAUACGUCACCACCGUCGUCCUCUCACCAUCCCAUUUCGUACCAAACAGCAAGGGCGCCCAUUUCCCAACCAUGGCGCCGAAGAAAUCCAAAGACACGACAGCCGGCGCGUCGUCUAGCAAACUCAAGCCCGCGACAUCCAUCAACGUCCGCCAUAUUUUGUGCGAGAAGCAUAGUAAAAAGGAGGACGCGCUUAGGAGGCUCAGGGAUGGAGAGAAGUUUGAUGUGGUUGCGAGUGAGCUGAGUGAGGAUAAGCGGAAACAAGCUGGUAGUCUGGGCUGGAAACCACGCAACACUCUCCACGCAGAUUUUGAGAAAGUCGCAUAUGAACUCGAACCUAGCACCACAAGCAAUCCAAAGAUUGGCGAGGUCAAGACAGAGCAUGGAUAUCACAUCAUCAUGGUCGAGGGCCGGAAAUAA